UGUUCAACGAUGUGCCGACCAAUCAAACCAAAGAGGUUACUUGCUCAAGGUGUGGGGAGAUGGUGUAUGGUUCGAGCUUUAGCUGCACGGAAUGCGAGUUUUACCUCCACAAGAAAUGUGCCGAGGCACCUCCGGAGAUUCGCCACCCUUUCCAUCGCGAUCACCCUCUUGUUCUCUUACCAAAGUCACCAUACAAGGGACGAACCUUCUGCAAUUUCUGCGGCAAAACCUGUGAGAAAUUUCUUUAUCAUUGCUCUUGUAAGUUAGACCUUCAUGUCAAAUGUGCUUUAUUGUCCUUCAACAUUGCUAAAAAGAGACUUGGAGAGCUUAAACGUGUAGCUCUCAAAGUUCCUUUGGUCUCCGCUGAAGACAAUGACAAAGAACUUGAGAGGGUCAAAUGUUUUGUGUGUAGGGAACCAUUGUUAGGAUCUAUGUACUUUUCUCCUGAUUGUGGGUUUAACCUGCAUAAGAAAUGUGUUGAACUGCCUCCUAAAAUCAAUUACCCCGUUCAUAAGAACCAUCCUCUUGUUUUACAGUUUCGUAUUCAAGGUUCGAGUUUCCCUUGCAAUCUAUGUCGUAAAAAGCAGCCUCCAUUAGCAUUAAGCUAUUCUUGUUCACCUUGUAAAUUUGCACUUCAUGUAACAUGUGCAGAGUUACCUUCUAUACUCGAUCUCCCCUGCCACCGUAAGCAUCCUCUCGUUCUAGAAUCCCAAAACAAUCCAUCUUGCAAUGCAUGCAAAGAAACCCAUCGCGGUAAAUUCGUUUAUCGUUGUUCAUCUUGCAGGUUUAACCUUCAUUUCGAGUGUGCAUCACCUCCUCUAACCAUUAAAGAAAACAUCCAUGAACACCCUUUCACUUUGUUGUGGAGACAAGUCUCGUUCAUUUGUGAUGCAUGUGGUGUUGAGGGAAAUUCUGUUUCCUAUACAUGCUCUACAUGCAGCCUUGUAGUCCAUAAACAAUGCAUUUCCCUGCCACCCAUAAUCUCAAUCCCCCGGCAUGAACACCCCAUUUUCCACAAAUAUUUCCUUCAACCUCAUGAGUUUAGGGAUUGUAAAUGCAAAAUUUGUUAUGAAGAAGUGAAAGUAGAGUAUGGGAGUUACUCUUGCUCCAUUUGUAAGUUCAUUGUCCAUGUCAACUGUGCUUUAGAGAAGAAAGGGUGGUACAAGGUGAUUGAUCCAAAGCAUCUUGGUGAUUUGACAAUGCCCAGAAGGUCUACUAAUCCCAUCAUCUGCAUUGAGAAAAACGAAGAUGGAGAAAUGACAAAAAUAAGACAUUUCAGCCAUGACCAUGAUCUGAUAUUGAAGGCCAAUCCCAUGGAGGAACAUAUUGAUGGGGCCAAUCUCAUGGAGAAAUACUGUGACGGGUGUGUCUUACCCGUCUCGAAUCCGUUUUAUCAUUGUUUGCAAUGCGAUUUCUUUCUCCACAAAACAUGUGCUAAAUCGCCUAUGGAGAAACGGCUGUGGUUUCACAUAUGUCAACAAUUUCUCAUCCUUGUUGUAGAUCAUAUUUUCAGAUGUGGUCUCUGUCAAAGCGAGUGCAACGGCUUCGCCUAUAGGUGCGAGGAGUGUGAUAUUCAUUAUUGCCUCCAUUGUGCAGCGAGGAGCUACAGGAUUAAACAUCCUGCACAUAAACACCCUCUGCACUACGAUCGUAACUACAAAGGACAGUGCCACGCAUGCGGUGUCGAAAGGCGCGGUCUCUUCGUAUGUAAGAGUUGCACCAUCAGUCUGCAUAUCCAAUGUUUAAGGCAACCACUCUCGGCUUGGCACAGAUGCGAUGAACACAAACUUAAACUUGCUUAUGAAGAGGUCAAUACAUAUUCACAAUAUCUGUAUUGUGAUAUAUGUGAACGAAAGAGAAGCUCGAGUGGUUGGUUCUAUCGCUGUUCGACCUGUGAUGUUUCUGCUCAUACUGGUUGUGCUCUCGGAAGCUACCCGUUUAUCAAACCAGGAAGCAUUUACAGGGGAUUAGAGGAUCACCCUCAUCGUCUAACUUUUGUCAGGAAGACAUUUUCUUGUCCUAAUUGCCACAAAUGUGGCAAGUCUUGUCGAGAUUUGUCUCUUGAAUGUGCAGAUUCUGCCUGUGAUUAUGUUGUCCAUUGGGAUUGUGCGAAGCCUGAUUAUCUUACGAGCAGAAAAAUUCCACUUGAUACGACUGAAAUAGACGAAAUCGUCGAGGAAGAAAGAGCCCCGGUGAAAUCAUCGGAGGAGGAGGAGGAAGAAGACGACGAUGAUAAUGAUCAUCAUACAUUAAUAAUGGGUUCAUUUCUAGACUCACGCAAGUAG